GUUGACUUGGUCAGUUGCAGUCUACUACGUACAAAAAGUACACGCUCUACCAAAAAGAAAAAAAAAAAUUACGCAGCCAGACUCCCAUCACGUGAUGGUGUCGCGAAAAAACUUCUCAAUAAUUCCGCCUUCUACCACGAAGCUUGGGCCACCUAGCAUGCCGGCGUUGUCAAGGGAGCAUUCACUUACAGUAGAGGUAGCUGAGUCAUUUGGCUCUGCACUCACACUGACUCCUUUGACGAACGCAGCAAGUACUUCAAAGGACAUUGGUACUGCGAAAAAUGUAAACGGGUCUUCCAAAUUCAGCAAUAGCGAUAAGCCUGAUACCGACUCGUAUCUGGAUGUCCUCCGGCGAAGAUAUGUUGGCGAGGUGGAUCUUCCCGAAUGUCAGCAUGGCUUUUCCGUACCAUCAUAUCAUCAACAGACUCAUCAUCAUCUAGCCGAAGAGCCCUUAUUAAAAAAGUCCAAACGCCGUUUUGUUCUUUUCCCUAUUCAAUACCCCGAGAUAUGGCAAAUGUACAAGAAAUCUGAGGCCUCAUUCUGGACCGCCGAGGAAAUGGACCUACAAAUGGACCUCUACGACUGGAACAACAAACUAAACGAAAACGAACGACACUUCAUCUCCCACGUCCUCGCAUUUUUCGCAGCAUCCGAUGGCAUCGUUAACGAAAACCUAGUGGAACGCUUUUCAAAGGAAGUGCAGGCAGCCGAGGCGCGUUGCUUUUACGGCUUCCAAAUCAUGAUGGAGAAUAUCCACUCUGAGACAUAUUCCCUCCUGAUUGAUACUUACAUCAAGGACCCUGCACGGCGAGAGUACCUGUUCGAUGCAAUCGAAACAAUACCAUGCAUAAAACUCAAGGCUGACUGGGCUUUACGUUGGAUAUCCGACCACCGCUCCACCUUUGCGGAGCGGUUAGUCGCUUUUGCUGCCGUAGAGGGUAUCUUCUUUUCUGGAUCGUUUGCGUCCAUCUUUUGGUUAAAGAAGCGGGGACUGAUGCCUGGUCUGACUUUUUCCAAUGAGCUCAUUAGUCGUGAUGAGGGCAUGCACACUGACUUUGCAUGUCUGCUGUUCAGUCACCUGAAACGUCGUCCGCACCCAGAAGUUGUAGAGCGUAUCAUCGUAGAGGCUGUGAACAUAGAACAAGAGUUCUUAACAGAUGCUCUCCCUGUCGGUCUCAUAGGAAUGAACGCAAAACUUAUGUGCCAGUACAUAGAGUUCGUUGCUGACCGUCUUCUUGUCGCCCUCGGAAACAAAAAAGUGUACAACUCAACCAACCCAUUCGACUUUAUGGACAUGAUAUCCUUGCAGGGCAAGACUAAUUUCUUCGAGAAGCGGGUGUCGGACUACUCAAAGGCUAAUAUCAAUAUGUCGGGAACUGCGGAGAAUGCUCCGACGAAAACCUUUUCUACUGAUGAGGAUUUUUGAUCCGUCCUUAUCUAUGGAUGCUUGUUCGCAUUUGUAUCGAUAUGCUGUAAAUUAUCUCACCUACCUGCAUUCCACCCUUCACUCCUGCUCUUCUUUAUGAUCCUGAUAACCCUACUCAACAAUAUCAUCUUUGUAUAUUAUUCAUAACUUACAAACCUCCCCGCUCACUACUUGAUUUAACAUUAUGAACGCAAC